AUGGGAAAGAAGGAUGCUGGAGUGAAGAUUCCUGUUCUUGACAAGGAUAACUAUUUUCACUGGAAAGUGAGAAUGCAUUUGCAUCUGUUGUCAAUUGAUGAAAGUUAUGUAAACAACAUAGAGAAAGGACCUGAUGUUGCCAUGAAGGUCUGUACCAGUAUUGGAGCUGAUGGUGAAGACAUGGUAGGCAAAAUGAUUCCCAAGCCUAUCCAUGAAUAUUCCCAAGAGGACACUGAAGAAGUGCACAAGGAUAAGAAGACCAUGAAUCUUUUGUUCAAUGGUCUAGAUCAAGAAAUGAUUGAUAGUGUCAUCAGCUGCACACGUGCCAAAGAAGUUUGGGACACCAUCAGGACCAUCUGUGAAGGAAAUGAGCAAGUAAGAGAAAGCAAAAUGCAGUUGCUGAUUCAACAAUAUGAGUCAUUCCAUUUCAAGGUUGGUGAAAGUUUAAGUGACACAUUUAACAGAUUUCAAAAACUGUUAAAUGGUCUAAAACGUUUUGGAAGAAUAUACCAGGUUAAGGAUUCAAAUUUGAAAUUCUUAAGAGCUCUUCUUAAAGAAUGGAAACCCAUGACAGUCUCUCUUAGAAACACUCAAGAAUUUAAAGACUACACUCUUGAGAGGCUGUAUGGAACCUUGAAAACCUAUGAGCUUGAAAUGGAAGAAGAUGAAGAGAUAGAAAAGAGUCAAAAGAAAGGUCAUUCAUCUGUGGCUCUAGUUGCAUCUCUUGAUGACUCUAUCAAGGAUAAGGGAAAAUCUCAAGUUGAAGAAACUGAAAAGUUGGUCAAAGAAGAGAGCUCAGAAUCAAGGAAAGGAAAAAGAUGA